AUGCCGCAUAUCAUCCUUCUCGGCACGCUGGAUACCAAGCGCUCCGAAACCCUCUAUUUGCAAGACCAACUCCACCAAACCGCCCUCCGCCUGUCUCAGCCUAUACAAAUCACCCUGAUCGACUGCGGCUGUCGUCCAACAACCGACGAUGCAAUCACAAUAACCCAGCCCGAGCUGAUAUCCAAAUACGCUCCCGACGAAAACCCAAAGAAAGAGCCAUGGGAACUGCCAAGGGGCGAGGCAAUAAAGUUCCUAUCCGACUGCGCAACACGCGCUGUCGCCGAGCUCCUGUCCACGACAGAAGAAAUCCACGGCAUCGUCGGUACAGGCGGGAGUGGAGGGACGAGUCUGAUUUCGUCGGUCAUGCGAGAUGCAGCGCCAAUCGGCCUGCCCAAGUUAAUCGUUAGCACGGUUGCAUCAGGGAAUACAGGCCCUGUUGUCGGUGAAUGCGAUAUCACGCUCAUGUACUCGGUCGUGGAUAUUGCGGGGUCGAACAGGUUGCUUCGCGAUGUGCUGGAGAAUGCCGCCGGGUCGAUCUUCGGGAUGGCCUCUGCGUAUCAGCACCGUCUUGUGCAACGUCAUCAGGAAGAUACCCAGCUCCAGGGGGGGGAGAAGAAAACACGCAUCGGGAUAACCAUGUUCGGUGUAACGACGCCCUGUGUUGAUCAGAUCCGGUCUCAUCUUGAGGGAAAGUAUCCUGACGCAGUGGAAAUCUAUGUCUUCCACGCGACUGGACACGGCGGGAAAGCCAUGGAGCGGCUGGUUGAAGAAGGACAGCUCGAUGCGAUCCUCGACAUCACGACGACGGAAAUCUGCGACCUGAUUGCAGGCGGAGAGAUGAGCUGUGAGGAGGAUAGACUGGAGACGGGGCUGCGUAGGGGAAUCCCCAAUAUCAUAUCUAUCGGCGCGACGGAUAUGGUUAACUUCGGACCGAUGGAUACAGUUCCGCCAAAGUAUAAGAAGAGGAGGCUUUUCGUGCAUAACCCGAGUGUGACGCUGAUGAGGACGAACUGCGAAGAGGGUAACAAGAUUGCGUCGUUCAUUGCUGACAAGGUGAAGCAGUUUGCGAGCGAUCCUGGGAUGGUGGAGGUUUGGAUUCCUCAGGGAGGCGUUAGUAGCAUCUCGACCAAGGGAAGCGUGUUUGAGGAUGGGGAUGCUGAUGGGGCCCUCUUUGGGUCUUUGGUGGCUGGGUUGGAUAAGACCGAGGUGGAGGCUGUGAUGGAUGGAAGGGAUGUGAAUGAUCCUGGGUUUGCAGCUGAUAUUGCGGAUCGAUUGAUGGAGUUGGUUGAGAAGCAUGCUCAAAAGGCACGUUAG